GGUGUUGCCGUACGACUUGUUUUGCAGUGUGACGCUGUUGCGGUUGAGCGAGCACACGAGCUUCACUCGAUCAUUUUUCCCGAAUUUGUACUUGGGCGAAGCGUCGACGCAGUACGUCAAUCUCCUCUUAACUGCACCAAAAACAACAUUUGUUCCAAUUUCUUGUCCGGGUGAACUCGUCUCGGUGCUACUCGACGCUUGUCGAGUGAGUUGCGCUUAGCUUAGCUUAGCCUAGCUUAGCUGGUUAGCCGCUAACAAGGAAGCGAGGCCCUUUGGCUCAGCGGACAUCACGUGUCGGGGGUCAUCGCGCGAGAAUGUGCGCAAGAACGACGGCAAAGUGCAAGGGGGAACUUUGUGGGAGGAAAGAGGAGAACGAGCUACAACAAAUCGGGUCCCACGGAGCAGAUGUCUGUGAAGAUCUUCGUCCUGAGCAGCAGGUGCCGGAGUGCCUCCACAUCAAAGAGGAAGAGGAGACACUAGAGCCUCUUUACAUUAAAGAAGAGGUGCUGGAGCCCCUUCACAUUAAAGACGAAGAGCAGGAGGACGAAAUCACCAAGUUUCCAUUGACUGGUGUCAUUCUAAAGCGUGAAUAUGAUGAUGAAGACCACCACGGAGGAUGCCAAUCGGACAACCUCUUGGCUCCACUCUCAGAUAGUGACAACAUAACGUCACACUCUUCUGACGAAGAUGAUGAUUAUGAUAAUGGUGAUGAUUAUGAUGAUGAACAACACUCGAAAGAGGAUAUAUGCGACACUGACAACAAAUUCAUCCAGUGUUCUCACUGUGACAAAACAUUUUACAAAAAAUCAUUGUUGAAAGCACAUACAAGAACACAUACUGGAGAGAAACCUUAUGUUUGCUCAGUUUGUGGUCAAAGAUUCUCUCGAAAAAUACAUUUGACAAAUCACACAAGAACACACACUGGAGAUAAACCAUUUACCUGCUCAGUUUGUGGUCAAAGAUUUUCUAUAAAGGCAAAUCUGAUCAGGCACACAAGAACACAUGAUGGAGAGAAACCUUUUACUUGCUCAAUUUGUGGUAGACGAUUUACUCAGAAUGGAGAUUUAAGAAUACAUGCAAGAACACACACUGAUGAGAAACCAUUUUCCUGCUCAAUUUGUGGUAAAAGAUUCACUGUGAAGAAAAAUUUAACAAGACACACAAGAACACACACUGGUGAGAAACCUUUUGCUUGCUCAGUAUGUGGGAAAAUGUUUAACAGAAAGACAAAUUUAACAACGCACACAAGAACGCAUGCUGGAGAGAAACCAUUCAGUUGCAGUGUAUGUGAAAAAAAAUUCUUUCGAAAGUAUCAGCUGAAGAAACACAAGUGUGCUAGUGAGAAGAGCAGCUGUCAAUAAAGUUGCAAAAUAAACUGGAGAACCUGA